UCUCGCAUCGCAUGGAUGUCACGCUCCUGGCGGCACCGAUCGCACGUUACCCCUACCCACACCGCAGCCCGGCCCGGGCCCCGGAAAUUCGCGUCGCGCAAGCCGACGCCCAAACCCCGUCGGCCUCCCCACACCAAAAUAAGCGCCUGCCCCCACCGGAAAGCGGCCGCCCCCUCUCCCGUCUCUCCCCCUUCCCCCCUCCCCUCCGUAGCGGCAGCGGCGGCGGCGGCAGGCUCGCCGGCGCUGGCGGCGAGGGCAAUGCUGCUGCGGCGCCGCCGGCGGUGCCGGGGCGUGGUGCUGCUCCUCCUCCUCGCGUCGGUGCUCGCGCCCCUCGUGCUGUACGGCGGCUCCCCCGUCUCGGUCGCGCCCCUCCCGGACUCCACCGUGGCGAGCGGCGCGUUCGACCCGGAGGGCGCGUCCAAUCUGGUGUGGCCGCACAUGGCAGCGUCCGCGGUGUCUCUGGCCAAAGAUUUGAUAAUUGAAAGGCUUGGGGAGCACAAGAACCGUGUGCUAUCAGCAACUGAUCGCUGGCAAGUGGUUGAGGCAGGGAGCAGCAAGAGCCGUCCAUCUGGAAAAUCAGAUACUGCUGCUGUCAGGGAGCGGAGGGCGGAAGAGGAAGGUGACCCGGUUGUCGUGGGGAAUGGCAGUGCUGGCUUGGGGCAGGACGGCAUCAUUAAGGAGGUUGUGGGAAGCCAGAGAAGGGCAGAUGGAUCUGGUGAGACCGGGGAUAGCAGGGAGGUUGGGGAGCAGAACGGAAAAGAAGUUGGGAUGGAGUUGCCUCACGCAACUGACGUGCUGCAGAAAAAUGGGUCAGAUGGACUAGAAAUGAACGACGGUUCUGGACUGCGCACUGUUCGAAUCCUGAAUUCAUCUUCUAUCAAGGAAAGUGGUGCUCAUAGUUCAUCCAACAAGACUAGAGAGCAGCAAACAAGUGCAAGUAACAGUAACACUGCUCACCAUGGAACAAAUAGUAUUGCUGGUCAAACCACAACUUUGUCAGAUGCUACAAUCCACAUCAUCAAGGACCAGCUAACAAGAGCAAAGAUGUACCUUGGAUUGUUUGCUUCUAGGGGUAAUCAUGGCUUCGUGAGGGAGCUCCGUGCACGGAUGAGGGAUAUACAACGAGCACUAGGCGAUGCGACCAGUGAUCGGCAAUUACCUCAGAACGUCCACAGCAAAAUUAGAGCAAUGGAGCAGACAUUGGUGAAGGUCAGGAGAAUUCAUGAUAGUUGCUCUAGUGCUGUGAAUAGGAUCAAAACAGUCCUUCACUCAACAGAGCAGCAACUCGAAUCAAACAAAAGACAAGCUAACUAUCUAGCGCAAGUGGCAGCAAAAUCUCUACCCAAGGGUCUCCAUUGCCUUACACUGCGGCUUACAAAUGAGUACUAUUUCACCAACUCAAAGAAUAAGGACUUUCCCUACGUGCAGAAGCUGGAAGACCCCAAACUCUAUCAUUAUGCCUUGUUUUCAGACAAUGUAUUGGCUGCUGCAGUGGUUGUUAACUCAACUCUUGUCCAUGCUAAGAAGCCAGAAAAACAUGUAUUCCACAUUGUGACUGAUAGGCUUAACUAUGCUGCAAUGAAAAUGUGGUUCCUGGCUAAUCCCUUGGGUAAAGCUGCCAUUCAGGUUCAGAACAUUGAAGAGUUUACAUGGUUAAAUUCAAGCUACAGUCCAGUUCUGAAGCAAUUGGAAACCCAGUUUAUGAUUAAUUACUACUUCAGAACUGGGCAUGCUAGGCAUGAUGAAAAUCCGAAGUUUCGGAACCCCAAGUACUUGUCAAUUCUCAACCAUCUGAGGUUCUAUCUCCCUGAGAUCUUCCCAAAGCUUAACAAGGUGUUAUUUCUGGACGAUGAUACUGUAGUGCAGCGAGACCUAAGUGCUCUUUGGUUGGUAGAUCUCAAAGGCAAGGUUAAUGGUGCUGUCGAGACCUGUAGACAGGCAUUCCAUAGGUUUGAUAAGUACCUCAACUUCUCAAACCCUCUUAUUGCCAAGAAUUUUGAUCCACAUGCUUGCGGUUGGGCAUAUGGCAUGAACAUGUUUGAUUUGUCUGAGUGGAGAAAGCAAAACAUCACUGAGGUCUACCAUACCUGGCAGAAGUUGAAUGAAAACAGGCUAUUGUGGAAGCUAGGUACCCUCCCGGCUGGUCUUGUAACCUUCUGGAACCGCACGUUCCCUCUUGAUCAUUCGUGGCAUCAAUUAGGACUUGGGUACAACCCAAAUGUCAACGAAAAGGAUAUCAGGCGAGCGGCUGUCAUCCACUACAAUGGAAACUUGAAGCCCUGGCUUGAGAUUGGAUUGCCCAAAUACCGCAAGUACUGGUCAGCACACGUCAAUUACGAUCAAGUGUUUCUACGGGAGUGCAAUAUAAACCCGUGAACAGCAAAUAGUGGUCUAUGGUGUAUCCUUUUCUUUUCGAUUAUUUCUUAGACCGAUUCUUUGUGCUCUAGGUAAAUUAAAUUGCCUAGAGUGCUUAUUCUUUGUAACUGAUGUCUUUCCUGAUGUAAAGGUGCCAGCAGGUUGGUGGUAGGCUUAGAUCAUACAAACAGUUAGUAGCCAAGGCGUAUUUCAUUUUGUGCUUAUAAAUGCUAAUAUAGUAGAUAAUUUUUGACUGUAUGAAUCGAAUGCUAUGUUAAAUGCUCCCACAAAUAGUAUAGUUUGCCAGUUGGCAAUGCUUUUCCACUA